UAUGAGCUGGACACGAAGAGACACCAGUCAACUGUGUGCCCAUUCAGUUUCAGCCUGUUUCUCUGCUCCAACAAACGUUUAUUUUCCUUGAAUGUGUCCAGAGAAAACACAAGCAGCGACAUUCAGCCUGUACACAGGAGAGCCGGGCUGGGCUGAGUCUCUACGGUUCUCAUGGUGUGUUUAAGUGCCGCCUCCUGCUCCGAGUUUUUCAUCACUGCAGUCUGACUCUGGUUGACUAGCGACAAACGACAGGAAGGAAAAUGGCUGAAGUAGCUCCAGCUCCGGCUCCCGCUCCGGCUAAAGCCGCCAAGAAGAAGGCGUCCAAACCGAAGAAAGCCGGUCCCACCGUCAGCGAGCUGAUCGUUAAAUCUGUGGCCGCUUCCAAGGAGCGGAGCGGCGUCUCUGCAGCCGCCCUCAAGAAGGCUCUGGCUGCCGGCGGCUACGACGUGGACAAGAACAAGGCCCGCGUCAAGACCGCCAUCAAGAGCCUGGUGACCAAGGGGACUCUGGUUCAGAUCAAGGGAACCGGGGCCUCCGGAUCCUUCAAGAUCAACAAGAAGGCUGAAAGCAAGGUCAAGAAACCCGUCAAGAAAGUUGCCACUAAAGCCAAGAAGCCCGCAGCGGCCGCUAAAAAGUCUCCUAAGAAAGUCAAGAAGCCCGCAGCAGCUGCUAAGAAAUCUCCCAAGAAAGUCAAGAAACCGGCAGCAGUAAAGAAAGCUGGCAAGAGCCCCAAGAAGGCCACAAAGAGUCCUAAGAAGGCUGCCAAGAGCCCCAAGAAGGUGGUCAAGAAGGCCCCUGCAGCCAAGAAAGCCCCCGCUAAGAAGGUAGCCAAGCCUAAAGUCAAGAAGGCAGCACCCAAGAGAAAGACACACAGUGACCUGAGCAAAAAGAAAACAACUCGAUGA